AUGCAGCAGCCUUCCACCCCUGGUUCAGACGCCGAGAUCGGCACCUUCACCAGCAGCGGUUCAAAUACUGAUGGUCAAAAUCGCAUCCAGACUAGCAGCAGCAGCAAUGCCUUACAGGAGACGCAGGCAUCGCUUAAUACAGCCUCGCCUCGAGCCAGCGUGGUAGACGCUUCCUCGUCUGGAUCUGAACAACCAUCUGCAGCAGAGGUAAAAACGAUUAAGCGGGCAUGUGCUGCGAGUAUACUCGCCUUGAUUCCUCGCCGGAUCGCCUUGACUCUUUUCGCAACUCAUCAAACAGACGGGAAUUCAUCCCCAGCGGCAGCCAGUAUCACGGCCCAGGACAAGCCGGACCCGUUCGUUCAAUCCAGCGUUCCCGAGUCUUCGGUUAAUAGUAGAAUCGACUCGCCUCUAUCAGGCGCUGGAUCUGAACCGGGACUGGCAAACAAUUCAAAUCCGAGCCGUCAAGAUGGUCGACAUGGUGGGCCAGGCACUCAUCGACAAACCCUCCCAGCUCAGAGCAGUCAUGAUCGCAAUGCUAGAGACGGGAAGGCCACCGAUGACGGCCCUGAUCUGCCAAAGUCCCCUUCAGGUAAGGAAUCGAAGGAUUACAAGGACGACGAAGAUGAUGCCUUACUCUCCGCCAUCGAACAUGACCUCCUCGACCUGUUUUCAGACUCUUAUUGUAACAAGCAUCUCAUCUACUCGAUUGUUGAGCUCGUUCUCGUUAAGCUGAUUCCUGAAAUGGGCGAGCAUAGCGUGACCGAGCUGAUGAACGAACGAGGAGUUUUAUGGUCGACUGCAUCAACUACAACAACCAAUGGAUGA